CCCCGCCCCGCCGCCAUGUUUCCGGGCAGCACCGCCUCGGGGCGCGGCACAGCGGCAUCGGGGCAGGGAGAGAGAAAAAGACCUCUUUCGUGUCGGCGCCUGCUUCCACGUAGUGCGGGACGGCUGCCCAGGGUGCAGAAGCAGGAGAGGAGGGUCUGGGAACCCGGGAGCGCCCACACGGCACUGGAAGACUUAAGUCCACCCAAGCCCGAUCAGCCUACUUGUAAUCCACUUUAAACGCCGUCACUGAAAGGAGAAUGCUAGGGAGCAGGAGUAAGGAGCUCGGAGGGUCCUGGGGAGCAGGAGUAAGGCUGCUCCAGGGAGGAGAACAAGCUGGCUGUGGGAAGCCGUACUGGCAGAGCCCUCACCGACGCGUCGCAGCCCCACGUGGGUGGCACACGGAAGACAGAGCUGGCUACUGAUAACGAGAUUAAUCGGUAGUCUCAGGAAAAGUGAGCUAUGGUUCCGAGAGCAAUAAUUCUCCAUUUUUCAGUAAUUUUACACGGGUGUUUGCAGUGUAAGUUUCUGUAAGGGUAACUGCGAAAAAAGCAAGUUUAUGAAUGUUUUAUUUAAAGUAGUGGUAACGUGAGUAUCCAGUUUUUGAUAAGAGGUGCUGAACAAAGACGCUCUAUAACCGGCUGUUAAUACGCUGCUCAGCGGACAAGUCCAAGUGAAGUUCAAGUUCCAAACGACCACCAGAGACCCCUAGCGACCAAACAAGGCCUUCCGAACAACUUAGAACUAAUUAACAUAUGUCUGAACUUUAUGAGAGAAGUAGUGAAUAAGUAAAACAUUUGAUGAAUAUGUAAAAUUGAACCCCUGGAGAAUAUGAUGUGCUGAUUGUGUAUGCAAGUGACGCUACUGAAUGGUGUCAGUACCUCCAGAACCUCUUCCUCUUUACUCGGCACAUUCGAAAGCAUCGGAUUCUGACCUACCAACUGGAAGGCGAGUCUGCCAUUUCCCCCCAGGAGCUGGACCUGUUCAGCAGAAGUCGGAGCAUCGUCCUUUUGCUUUCUGCAGAGCUCGUGCACAGUUUUUAUCUUCCUCACGUCCUGCAGAGCCUUCAGGAAGCUUUAUGGCCCCCGUGCAAAGUAGUCAAGCUGUUCUGUGGUGUUACGGACUGUGACGACUAUUUGACCUUUUUCAAGGACUGGUCUCAGUGGCAGGAACUCACAAAUGAUGAUGAGCCUGAUGCUUACCUUGCAGCUGUCAAGAAGGCUAUUUCAGAAGACUCCGGCUGUGACUCUGUGACUGAUACAGAAACAGAAGAGGAGAAGAAUCCAGCUUAUUUCCACAGACUUGCCAUGAGUGAAGAACACGGAUCAUCCAAGAGCACUGGGGACCAUCCAGUGGUGCAGCCUGACCGCAUACAAUGUGGGGUGCAGACAACAGUUUAUAUUAUCAUGAAAUGUAAACUAGAUGGUGAAAUGAAAACUGAAGUUGAAUUCUCUCCAGAGAAUGCAUCUUCUGUGCGUGUGCUGGCUGAGAUGGAGAAUGAGUACACAAUCUCUCUGAAGGCUCCAAAUUUAACCUCUGGGACAGUGCCUCUGCAGAUAUAUUCAGGGGACUUGAUGGUGGGAGAAACCAGUGUCACUUACCACACGGACACGGAGGAAAUCAGCAGACUUUUGGCUAAUGCAGCCAACCCCGUACAGUUCAUGUGCCAGGCCUUUAAAAUCGUGCCAUACAGCAUAGAAGCACUGGACAAACUGUUGACUGAGUCACUCAAGAAGAACAUUCCUGCCAGUGGUUUACACCUGUUUGGAAUCAACCAGCUGGAAGAAGAAGAUAUGACAGCAAAUCAGAGGGAUGAGGAGUUGCCAACACUGCUUCACUUCUCUGCAAGAUAUGGGCUGAAGAACCUCACUGCCUUGCUGCUUACAUGCCCUGGAGCGCUGCAGGCCUACAGUGUAGCCAACAAGUAUGGCCACUAUCCAAACACCAUAGCAGAAAAGCAUGGCUUCAAGGAUCUCCGCCAGUUCAUUGAUGAAUAUGUGGAAACUGCAGAUAUGCUGAAGAGUCACAUUAAGGAAGAGCUGAUGCAAGGCGAGGAGGAUGAGUCUAUUUAUGAGUCCAUGGCUCAUCUGUCCACAGAUCUGUUAAUGAAGUGUUCCUUGAAUCCUGGCUCCGAUGAAGAGCUUUAUGAAUCCAUGGCUGGAUUUGUCCCUGGUGCUCCAGAAGAUCUCUAUGUAGAGAUGCUUCAGUCCAAACCAGACACUCCAGUUGCUGGAGAUGAAGUUUCUUUAACUACAAAAGACUCCAUGCUCCGCAGGUUUUUAGAAGGCGGUAGCAUGGAUGUGCCAGAUUCAGAGGAAGGAGUUUACGAGCCAUGUGGUGAAGAUGUAUACUACCCAGUGGAACAAGAUACUUUUCCACAGGAAAUGGCUAACAGACCUCCAGUUCCUGUUCCAAGACCAGAGUCUAGUUCUCCACAGCCAGACAAUGAGCUGUACAUCUCCAAAAUUUUUGCACAGAAAGCUCAAAGACCUGAGAAUCUUUAUGUCCCUAGAGGAAGGAUUAAGAAAGAGACAAUAGUCAGGCCUGUAAGGGACCUGUCUCAAUCAAGCAUAUAUGAUCCAUUUGCUGGAAUGAAAACCCCAGGCCAACGGCAGCUGAUUACAUUACAGGAGCAAGUGAAAAUGGGCAUACUCACUGUGGAUGAAGCUGUACUUCAUUUUAAGGAGUGGCAACUGAAUCAGAAAAAGAGAUCGGAAUCAUUCCGGUUCCAACAGGAAAAUCUGAAACGUCUACGAGACAGCAUAACCAGGAGGCAAAUGGAGAAGCAAAAAAAAGACAAAAGUGCAGAUUUAGAAAUUACAGUACCCAUUCGACGUUCUCAUAAUACUUCGGGGAGACCAGAAUGUGGAAUAUAUGAAUACACCCCCAGGAAAAACAUUUUUCCACCAAAAAAGGAGUUAAAGCGAGGAGACUGGAAAACAGAAAGCACAUCCAGCACAACAAGUAGUGCAAGUAACCGCUCCAGCACUCGGAGCAUAUUGAGUGUCAGCAGUGGGAUGGAAGGAGACAGUGAGGACAAUGAAGUCCCAGAAACAACUAGAAGCCGCAGCCCAGUUGCCCACCAAGCAGAGAGGCUGCCUUUCCCGGAAAGGCCUCCCAGAGUGCCUCCUCGAGGUGCAAGCAGGCCUGUAAGCUGUGAAGACUUUUAUCCUCCACCUGUACCACCAAGAGGUCGCUGAAUUUCUCAACAUCUCUGGAAUAUGAGAUUUUUUUCUGUUUAUACAUGUGUUUGUACAGAUAUUUUUUGGCUGUCUUAAAUUAUUUAUAAGUGGGACCCAAAUGUUUUCAUCCUCUUCCUCCUCCCUAAAGCUCUGGUGACUUUCCCCAUGAUUUUCACUGAGACUUCUUGGCCUUCUAUAACUUUUUUUAGUUGGAAGAAUUUUGGUGCUUUGGGGCUUCAUGAAAAAGUAUCAUGGUUGGGAAGGAGAAUGCUGAUGUGUGUCUUGGGAGCCCUGCACCGACAUGAAGUUUCCUUUUGACCAAGAAAGCACAUGUGUCCUUUCAAGAACUAAAUGCUGAUAAGCAUUGUUACUAAAACCCUCAACAUAGUCUACAAGGGCUUGACUGGAAAACAUACUUGAAAAACUAAAGAAAAUGAGUUGUUUGAAGAAUGCUCAUGACAGCAGGAGCAGGUGAAUAUACUGCUGUUAGGCAAAACAUUGUGGGCACAGAUAUACUGACCUUUCAGAAGACAUGGCAUUCCCCUCCAGCAAUCAUUAAACCAUGGGAGGAUGAGAAAUUUUCUGUCUUGAAGAAUGUAUUUUGCAUACAGCCUUGAAAAUGCCUUUUCCUUUCUCUUCCCUCCCUGAAGAGGACAGACAUUAACAAGGGGUUGUGUGUGCUGCUUUUAACAUGAAAAUUUCCAAGGUAGUUGGUAAGGAACCUGCUGUAUCACAAACCAACUGUACUUAAACCUUUUUUUGUGGAGGGGGUGGGUAUGGUGUAACAAAAUCACAUGACUGGCCUCUCAAAUUAGAGGAAGGAAAUGAUGGCAGUACUGUGUUCUGUAUCUCUUACAUGUAGUCAUCAUAGAAGCAAUAUGAAGGCAUUUCACUUCAUGCUCAGAAAUAGUACAGUGAGUCUCCAAUUAUCAAUGCACACACCUCACAAAUUCCAGCUGUGUUUUAGCUGGCUGCAGUGGAAA